UGUUUCCCUUCUUCUGAUUUUGGUUGUUCUGACACAUUGUUUUCUCAAAAAGUCAUAAAAGAAGAAAAAGAAAUAAGUCCACGUGCUUAAGUUUAAACUAUUAUGGGAAAUGACAAUUCUGAAAAUGGAUUAAUAUACUUUUGGGAAAAUUUAAAGGACCAUCCAAAAUGUGAACACGGCCCAACUUUAUUAUUUGGAAAAUGUAUUAAUGGCAAACUUAAAAAAUUUUAUGCUUGUUCUGCCUUGAGAGAUCCUGGAAAAUGUUCUCCUAUAAAAAAGAAGAAGGCUGUUUUGCCAUGUUAUAAUCAUCGAAAAUUAUAUUUGCGCUUUAGCAAACUGAUGUUAAAUAGUUCUAAUAAUCGAAAUUAUUGCCAUACUUGUAGUGAAUUAAUCGUUAACUCAGAAAUAAUUAAGCAUAAAAAUCACGAUCUACAAAAAUGUUUAACAGAUUAUCAAAUGUCUCAUCCAACAGAAUUUCUGAAACCACUGAAUAAUAAUAAAGAGGAAGCUCAAUAUUUUUUUACUGAAAAGACGACAAAAAAUAUUACUGACAUUCUUGGCAAAUUAGGAGCCAGAUAUGUAUUGUGUAUUGGUGUUCCACGACUGUAUGAAUAUAUUUCAAAUAAUUUCGGAGACAAAAUGACGUGCUUUCUUCUAGAUAUAGAUGCAAGAUUUCAUCAUUUUUUCGGACCGCUAAAUUAUGCUUGGUACAAUUUAUUCAACAAUCAUUUCUUUAACUCUGAAGCAAAAAGCAUGUUAAAAGAAUUUCUGACUCAAGAAAAUGGUAAAGACGUAUACAUUGUAUGUGAUCCUCCAUUUGGUGGACGAUCUGAACCAAUUUCACAAACAAUUAAGAGCAUCUCCGAUAAUCACAAAAAAUGGAAUAAUAUAGAAAACAUUAAUAAUGAAUUAAAAAUUAUGUUCAUUUUUCCGUAUUUUAUGGAAUCUAUAAUUAAAAUGAAAUCUAAUCCACGUGGGAUUACUGGAGGAAUAAGUACUUUGGAAAUGACAGAUUUUAAAAUAGAAUAUGAAAAUCAUCCAAUAUUUAAAGAACAAUCAAAUUUACCAAAGAAAACGACCCCAAUUCGUCUGUUUACAAAUGUUAAAUUAAACCUAAUAAACUUAGGAGAAAUUGUUGGUUAUAAAUAUUGCAGUAUAUGUCAUCGAUGGGUUGCACAAGAAAAUAAUCAUUGUGAUAAAUGUGGUAAAUGUACUUCUAAAAAUGGCAAACCAUUUAAGCACUGUGAUUUAUGUAAAAGAUGUGUCAAAUAUUCAUGGGAACAUUGUGAAACUUGUCAACGUUGUGCUUUGAAAUUUCAUGAUUGUAAUCAACGGUUCAAAAUUGUUGAAAAUUGCCUUCAAUCUAAUAGAAAAGAUCAUCCAGGAAAAGAUUGUACAAUUGAGGCUUUCAUUUCUCCAAGAGAUAUUGUUGAAGAUGGUCCUGUUAAAAAGAAAAGGAAAUAAGGUUCUCUAUGAAAUAUUAAGAAUUUUAUAUUUCAGCACACUGAAAAAUAUUUUCUUAACUAAAAUGAACAAUGUUGGGAAUAUAUUUAAUACAGAAAAUACUACAAAUUUUAUUCUGUAACUAAGCUACAUAGCAAUAACAAAUUAUAAAGGUUUUGUCAAUCUGACAAGUCCUCAUGUUCAUUGCUGUAUGAUUCCAUUGCUAUAUAAACAGGUUCCGAGAAUAGUUGAAAUGUAAUGUUUAUAAUUAAAUAAAACUUAAUAAUAAAAAAA